CUUCAUCUCAAUGCCACGUUUUCCGUCUCGUCAUCGUGACGAUCUUGGUUGUCACUUCAUUGAAUUCAAUUCCUAUCGGAAUUCUGUUUCAUGUUUCAUUCCUGAUCAACUGUCGUCUGAUCAUCGUCAUGGUUAAAACUGAUAAUCUUAUGGAGAUGCUUAAAAACGAAGUGCGACAAUUAUCGGCCCCUUGGAAGACCGGAACCUCGCACCGAUCGAAGCAUCUCAUAAACUUGAGACACCAGCCACUGUCUAACUUGCAGUUCAGCUCGCAUAUUGUGGCUGGCUCUCCCUGCGACGUCGUAAUGUCUCGCCAUCUCCAAUUUGGCAGAGUUUUGGAGGUCACCAGCCCAGCCCUCUCAAAGUCCCUUUCAUUUCCAGCAGCCCAAUCGCAAGGGACCUGGCUUUGAAACUGGAUAAUACCUUAUUGGGACUCGGGUCACAUUCGUAAACUGUCGCAUCAGAACCAAUUGGUGAUUAGAGUGUAGCCUAACACCUGGAAAUGCAGUAAAUUGCCCAAUUGGGUAUGCUCCAGGGUGGCUGUGUUGUUCAAACUCUCAGACCUCGUAGCACAAUAAUCGACGGCUCUAGAGUCUCGAUCUACUGUAGUUCAAGAGCUGUAUAUUGCGAUAGACAAGGAUAUCCAGCUCUAUUAUCGAAUUAUCGAUGCACGAACCCGUAGACCUUCAACUUGUCUUGCUAGACUGUUGCUGAUCACCACAUUCAGCUGAGCUUGCAUAAUCGGGCGUCGCGCCAACAGCAAAAGUGUCAUCUCGAUAGUGACAACGAUCUUCGCCGAACUGCAGCUACCCUUGGUUGCCUGCCAUUGGAUAUCAAGAAGAACGGUAAAGGCUUCAACUUCAAUCGGAAAACAGUUACCCACGUACGCCAGCUUCAGUUGACUGCCGCUAUUAUUCUCAACGCCCAUCAGUCCAAGCCACUUCAUGUCCAUGCCAAAAUGCCCAUGGAUUACAGAGAGUAUCACAGCACAACGAAAUAUUAAACAUAAAAUAUUAUUCAAAUGCGCAAGCAUCAACAUAAACUAUCCAAGUCAAUAGCAGCUGCAGCUUCACGAGCAGACUUCCAUGGUCUCAAUAUCAUGAAUCUAACAAUAUACUCCAGUAUAAGCAUGCCCAACGGGGAUCAUUGUCUCCCAAGAUACCCAUACAUAACCAAACAUCAAAUUACCUUUCCCUUGCUGUAUCGUAGCAUGCCUCCCAAAACAUGUCUUCGUUUUCAACUCAUCCAUUGUCAUAAAUACACGUGCGCAGACAGCUCUUGCUGUUUUCUAACCGCUGCACAUAAUGCAGGACUCGGGAUCCUCAAUGCUGCCUGUUACACGAUUAGUAUCUUCAUUCACGCCGAAGGAACGUUUGUCACUCACACUGCAGGACGGCCUCCGAGUAGAUAUCGCGCUCACGAUCCUCGUUGUCCUUGUCUUGAUCCUCAGACUGAGGGUUCUUCUUGACACCCAGCUCUUCUUCCUGAACCUUCUCGGCAGGCUCAGUAGGAAGAGCCCUGGGGCUGUCACCCUCCUCAACAUCAGCCUUGAUGGUGGGUGCACGUCCAGGUACCGUCGCAGUACCAUUCAGGCUCUUGGCGGCAUUGCCGUUCAGGCCGCUGUCUUGGGAGCCAGUCCUGCUACCGUUCAGUUCAGUACGUCCCAUAGUUGAGGGCGAGGACAUGAGGUAGCUUGAACCAGCAGGAGGAGCACGCUUCUUUAGAGGCUUGAUCUGAGCCGAAUUGGAAUCGGCAAGCUUGAGAGCCUGUUGAUCAACAGUGAACUGAAUAGGAGCAGCAGCAGCCUGUGUACGAAGGUAGUACAUGCCAGUCUUGAGGCCAAGCUUCCAGCCUGCAAAGUGCAUACUGGUGAUCUUGCCCAUCGUGGGGUCCUUCAUGUGGAUGUUCAGUGACUGGGACUGAUCAAUGAAGGCACCUCGAUCAGCAGCCAUCUGAACGACCUGGCGCUGAGAGAUCUCCCAAACGGUCUUAUACAGAGCCUUGACAUCGGCAGGGAUGUUGGGAAUGUUCUGAAUGGAACCAUUCUCAGCAAUGAUGCGGUUCUUCAUAGCAUCGGACCACAGACCCAUGUCGACAAGGUCCUUGAGCAGCCAGGGGUUGACAACCUGGAACUCACCAGCGAGAACACGUCGUUGGUAGAUGUUGGAGGUGUAGGGCUCGAAGCACUCGUUGUUGCCCAGAAUCUGGGAGGUACUGGCAGUAGGCAUAGGAGCAAGGAGCAGACUGUUACGGAUGCCGUGUGUCUUGACUUCCUCUCGAAGAGUCUCCCAGUCCCAGAGGUCAGAGGGCUUGACGUUCCACAUGUCGAACUGGAGGAUACCCUCAGAGGCGGGGGAACCUUUGAAGGUGGAAUAGGGACCCUCCUCCUUAGCCAGCUGCACGGAGGCAGUGAGGGCAGCGUGGUAAAUGGUCUCGAAGAUCUGCUUGUUGAGCUCACGAGCCUCCGGUGACUCGAAGGGCAUGCGCAGAGCAAGGAAAGCAUCGGCAAGGCCCUGAACACCAAGACCAAUGGGUCGGUGGCGCAUGUUACUGUUGCGAGCCUCCUGGACAGGGUAGUGGUUCACAUCGAUGAUCUUGUUCAGGUUGCGAACAACAACCUGACUGACCUUGUGCAACUUCUUGAAGUCGUAGCAAGCCUCAUCGUAGUUGAUGAAAGAGGGCAGAGCCAGAGAGGCAAGGUUGCAGACAGCGACCUCGUCAGGGGCACAGUACUCAAUAAUUUCAGUGCACAGGUUGGAGCUUCGGAUGGUACCGAGGUUCUUUUGGUUGCUCUUGCGGUUGCAGGCAUCCUUGUAGAGCAUGAAUGGGUUUCCGGUCUCAGUCUGGGCCUCAAGAAUGGCGUACCAAAGUUUCUGAGCCUUGAUAGUCUUGCGACCCUUGCCCUCCUUCUCGUACUUUUCGUACAGAGCCUCGAACUCCUCUCCGUAGCAGUCGGCGAGGCCAGGGCACUCGUUGGGGCACAUCAGCGUCCAGUCACCGUUCUUUUCAACACGCUUCAUGAAAAGAUCAGGGAUCCAAAGGGCGAGGAAAAGGUCACGGGCACGGACCUCCUCUUUACCGUGGUUCUUACGGAGAUCAAGGAACUCGAAGACAUCAGAGUGCCAAGGCUCGAGGUAGAUGGCAAAAGCACCGGGUCGCUUGUUGCCACCCUGGUCGACAUAGCGAGCAGUGUUGUUGAAGACACGAAGCAUAGGAACAACACCGUUCGAUGUACCGUUGGUACCGGCGAUGUAGGAGCCAGUAGCACGGAUACGGUGCACGUUCAGACCAAUACCACCAGCCAUCUUGGAGAUCAUGGCACAGGUCUUGAGAGUAUCGUAGAUUCCCUCAAUACUGUCGUCCUUCAUAUCAACCAAGAAGCAAGAUGACAAUUGGGGCUGAGGGGUGCCGGCGUUGAAGAGCGUGGGAGAAGCAUGUGUGAAGAAUUUGCUGGACAUCAGGUUGUAUGUCUCCAAGACUCGCUCGAUAUCAUCACCCCAAAUACCAACAGACACACGCAUGAUCAUGUGCUGAGGGCGCUCGACAAUCUUACCGUCAAUCUUGAGGAGGUAUGAUCGCUCCAAAGUCUUGAAGCCAAAGUAUUGGUAUUGGAAAUCGCGGUCAUAGACAAUGGCAGAGUCCAACUCCUCCUUAUGUCGCAUGACGCACUCAUAAGUCUCCUUGGAGAUCAUGGGUGAUGGUCGGCCGUUCUUUGGGUUCACAUAGUGGUAGAGGUCGCUCACAACAGCGGACCAUUGCUUCUUGGUCUGCUUGUGAAGGUUGGAGACGGCAAUACGGGCCGCGAGGAUGGCAUAGUCGGGGUGUGUGACGGUCAUGUACGCAGCAGUCUCAGCGGCCUAGUGAUCAAUUAGCUGGUGUCUGGAGCAGCCAUGAUGAGCGAGUCACUUACAAGAUCGUCCAAUUGCACGGUGGUGACACCGCCGUAGACACCGGAGAUAACCUUCUGGGUGAUGGCAACGGGGUCAACGUGGUCCAUGUCAAGACCAUAACACAGUCUCGAGACACGAGCAGUGAUCUUGUCGAACUGAACACGUUCUUGGCGCCCAUCUAAUGAGCAAGUCAGUCAUCAUGAGUUCUUAUGUUGUCAGGUCAUACAUACCUCUCUUUCUGACGAACAUGAUGGCGGGUGAGGAAGGAUAAGGCGGGGAGGUCGGAUUUGAGCUUAUAGCAGGAUCUACUCCUGCUGAUAGAAGAGAUUAAAAGGCAAAGAGCGUCUGAAGGGUAUUGACGCUUCCGUGAAAGAGAACGUGAGAAUUAUUAUAAAAUUCGUCGUAUUUUGUUGUGGUUGUUGAGGAGAUGAGAGAAGCAAAUUUCGCGUGGAUGGUCGAGGUGGUUUUAAGGGAGGCGCGUCCAGAGACGCGACGCCAAGUUCUUAGCGCGACAAACAGUGACAGGCAUCGCCGCAAUCCAUUAAAAAAAGCCCCGCCCAAAACCUGAGGCAACGCCCCGUUUGAUGCUUUGACUGGUAGAUAUGGAGGGUUAUGCUGGUGAUUGGAGGGAGUUAUAGGGAUUCACUUGACUCGCAUGAGUUUAACAAGGACAGGAGUAUCGUAAUUCGUGGUUAUCUCAUUCACUUUACGCCUGCAAUGAGCCAAAACUCUUCCCCCCCUUUCCCACAUCGCGUCCUCGCGUCCCCUAGUCAUUUUGCGUUGCUGCAGCGCUUGGUGGGGUUCAUGGGGGGCAGACAACGGCGCGAAAUCACGUGAGAUCCAUGCAAAUUAAUAAUUGUCUUUGGUAGCUCUCGUAAGCAGGAGAACAUCCCGUGGAAUUAACUGAGCUUGGACCUUGGACUGAGGUUGACGGGAGGAUGAGACCUUGAACGAAAACGUAGAUCAAAGAGCCAAUCAUCGUCGGGAACCAAGACUACCUUCCUGUUUUCCGUUUUUGAGUCUAAAAAAAGGCAGCUAGAGAUUACGGUUGCGAGGCAGCAACAAGCCAGUGACUCACGCUCGAGUCAAGCAAGAGACGUUUAAGAUCAAUGACAUCGAGACCUCUCUUUCACUGUUUUCAAUCUUCAGCAAGAAUUGGUUUCAGGACGUCAAGUCUCAGAUUUCAAGCCUCACAAUUCCGCAAUAUGGCUUCUUCACCAACGCCUCAGCCCGUUGAGGGCUCCAGUUACAAACCUAGAUACAUCGAUAUUGGCAUCAACUUGACCGAUCCCAUCUUCCGAGGCAAAUACCACGGCAAAGAGCGACACCCCGACGAUCUCGAUGCUAUUAUCGGAAGAGCCCGUGAAGUUGGUUGUACAAAACUUAUAGUGACCGGCUCAGACCUUGGCAACUCUCGAGAUGCCCUAACCCUUGCCAGAGAGUAUGCCGGAACUAUCUUCGGGACUGCAGGCAUUCAUCCCUGUAGCAGCUCCGUCUUCAGUGAAGCGGGUCCUUCUCACGAGUCUGAGCACACAACACCAUGUGAUCCCGAUCCUUCAGCUCCAGUCUCGGAAGAGCACCCCCCUUGCCCAACAAAGACUGGUAAACUCAUCAGAGACUUGACUUCUUUGGUGAAAGAGGCCCAAGCAUCAGGUCAGAAGAGCCUUGUGGCUAUGGGUGAGUUUGGGCUUGACUAUGAUCGACUGCAUUACUGCUCGAAGAGCAUCCAGCUCCAUUCCUUCGCAGCUCAGCUCCAGGUUGCUGCGUCGAUAUCUCCUCAGCUCCCCUUGUUCCUCCACUCUCGCGCGGCCCACAAUGACUUUGUUCGGCUUCUGAAGGAGGCUUUUGGUGAGAAGCUAGAGAAGUUGGAGAAGGGCGGCGUAGUGCAUAGUUUCACUGGCACAGCUGAGGAGAUGCGCGAGUUGAUGGACUUGGGUCUAUACAUUGGUAUCAAUGGAUGCAGCUUCAAGACUGUAGAGAACUGCGCUGUUGUCAAGGAAGUUCACCUCGACCGUCUUAUGAUUGAGACCGAUGGACCAUGGUGUGAGGUGCGACCAAGCCACGAGGGCUACAAGUAUCUGAUCGAGAAGAAAGAGACGCCUAAUUCCGAGAACCAACAGAGUGGGACUGCUGCUACCGCUGAAUCUGCACAAAAACCGCAAAAGCAGUCGAAGAAGAACCAGAAGAAAGAGCCGGAGGUCCCGGAACGAUACAAGACUGUCAAGAAGGAGAAGUGGGAAGAGGGAGCCAUGGUGAAGGGGCGCAACGAACCCUGCAAUAUCGAGCGUGUCGCCAAGAUCAUCGCAGGUAUCAAGGGAGUUAGUAUCGAGGAAGUUUGUGAAGCCGCAUGGAAGAACACAGUGACAGUUUUCGGACUUGAAGAGAGCUAAGAAUUGGCUGAUCAGUCAUGUUGUCAUGGGGGUAUCAAAUAGAGAAGAAAGACAUAGACCAUGCGCCGUUAUAGAUCCAACAUUUGUUUCACAUCCCUGAGCCCUUGUAUCCACGUAUUCUUCCAUGCCUCACAAGUCCUGUUGUUACUCCCUCUUCUCCUGUCAUCCACCCCGGCAUCCGCUCUCCAUCUAUUAUGCCAGCCUCUACAAGUUGCCGUACGCCAGCCCAUACAUGUGUUCCAGAAAAUGUAACUUUGAUAGUUGGUGUCCAUCGAUCUGAAGAGAUGGUAUCGUCGUUGUCUUCUUCUGCUGUGAUAUUCGCCUCUCGAAUAACGGCCGUAAUCUUGCUCUUUCGUCGAUUCUUGCUCCCUGCCGUGGCGUCAUCUUCAUUCUCUUCUGUAUCGCCAGUAUCUUCACUUGUAGAAGGAAAUGGAUCCUGUAUGAUGAUGUCAACCUUUUCCACUCCUUUACCAUCCGUGACAAAACCCGAAUCGCCGAACCGAGCCUUGGCAACCAAUUUCGAUUUCUUUGCAACUCGUUCAGAUUCAGUGAAUGACACUCCCCGCUUGAGGCUGAGACUUGAGGACGAUGAUUCUCGAGAUAGUGGUGGAGUUGGAAUAACGGUAUCCAAUGGAGAUAUCUUUGUGGCCUCAUUGGAGUAGAUGCUCCAGCCACCUCCUGCGGAGUUUGUGCGUCCAGAUCCCUUCUUUUCUAGAAGUGCAUCCAAGUUCUUGCUUUGAAGGUUUCCUGAUUUGAGAGUGUAUCGUUCACGUGGGCGUGAGAGAGCCUUGGGUACCCCAUCCACGAUUAAGCUAUGUAAACUCUUAGACUCUCCUGAGCCACUGUUGCCUGUAGCUUGCGAUUUCGUAAUGUACAAAGCAGGUGAUCCAUCGGGAAACGCAAUGUACACUGUCCUUGAAGAGUCGAAGUUUGUUGCUGUGCCAUUUGGGUUCCGACUUGAAAGAGCAAAGUCCGUGUUGUAGGGCGAAUCUAUGACGAAAAUGCGCAGUAGUAGAACAGGUAUGGCUGUAGGUCGGUGAAAGUGAUAAUGUGCCUUGACGUCAGGUAGCACAUGGGUUUGAAGGUUUUGGAGAAACGUUGAUGGAUGAAACCGAGGUAUUGUCAAACUUUCUUGGUCGACUCUGAGCACCUGGUCCUCGCCGGCAUCUUGAGAAGGCUGCUUAAGAGGCAGAAUCUGAUAGGCUGACCAUUUUUGAGAUGUUGGGUUCUGUUCGAAAUAGGCCAUAUCGGCCAUGGCUAGUUGAAAUAAUGUCAGGCCAAGUCUCCAAUCGCCCUCAACAAUACGGCUGACAACAUCUCUUUUUGACCCUUUUUGUUGCUGCAUAUCGAAAUAAAGUUGUUGUAAUUCGUCAAUAGUUUGACAGGGAGGGUAAAGAUCGUCAUUUUCUUCAUCGUCGUCUUCAUCCCUCCUCUCAAUGUAAGGAAUAGAAUUCGGGAGACUCUCAUCGUCAAGCCAGUCUAGUGCCAGGGAAAUAAGAGACUCUCGUGAGAGUCUAUUGAGACUCUUGACAACAGCAGGAUUAGAUGCAUCAACUCGUAAUGAUGACGGAAGCCUGGCUUUUGUUGGGAUAGAGUAGCGGGCCAUUGUUGUUUGUUUGGUUGUUUGUGUUUACAAUGGUAAAGUCACAGUAACCAUUUGAGAUGUUGAACGAGGCAUGCGUUGAGAAACACCGCAAGGCUGCCCCCUUAAUUGACGUCUAACUGGGUUGGGUUGAUUAAUUAGCCCUUUAGACAGAUUAAGUUGAUAAACAGUGCUUGAACGCUUCGAUAAGACGCGAUAUUCGCUUUGGAAUCGCGUCUCAAACCAAUCCAACCAAGGGCAAUUGAAUGCACGGACCAGUAACGAUCUCGGACAGAGACAUCUCAUACACCGAUCACGUGCUUUAUCACGUGAUAUACAGCCACUAUCUUCCUACAACCUGAACUACGGAUUUGAGGAUUCACAGCGUAUUCUGGAUGUGUGAGACACUCGAUAUGCUUGGAUAGCUUCAGAGUGCAUUUGCCGCUUUUCUUCGGGAUAAAAUGCUCCUCUCAUAAGAAGUCGAAACAACGACUCGGCUCUAACGAUGGGUCGACUCGGACAUGAUCGUGG